AUGUCAGGAAGACCCAAAGGUCAACGUCGUCAAAUAUCGAAUGGCACAUCAGAAAAUUAUGAAGCAAAUUCUUCACCAUCCGUUAGUAAUUACAAUCCAAUUGCUAUGAUCAACAAGGAAAUUAAUGGAGAAGACUGCCGUCAACUACUGAUGAAAGUUGACACAAUGCGUGAAAUCUUACGGAUGGAAAAGAUUUCACUUCCACAAAUUGUUGUUGUUGGCGAUCAAUCGGUAGGAAAAUCGUCUAUACUCGAAGCUAUCAGCAGCAUUGAGUUACCACGAGCUCAGAAUAUUUGCACACGAUGUCCACUGGAAUUGCGCAUGAAAAGCGCGCCAUCUGAUUCACCGGACUAUGCUACGAUUCGAUGCGACGGAGUCGAUGAAAUGAUUAUCCAAGAUCUGUCAGAGAUUCCUGUCAGAGUGAUACAAUGCACGAACUUUUUGACUGGCGACAUGAUUAAUGUUUCAUCAAAACCUAUUUUUCUCACAGUUUACAAACGGGACAUUCAAGACGAUUUAACAUUGGUUGAUUUACCAGGAAUCGUUCGAACUCAAAUAGAAGGCCAAUCGCCAACGAUUUAUAACGAUAUUGUUACACUAAUCAAAGAUUGUGUUAAGCAUGAAUCAGCGGUUGUUUUACACGUCAUUCCAUCAUCAGUCGAUUUUAGCACAUCAGAAUCGAUCAAAAUUUGUCAAGAAUAUGAUCCGAGAUAUGAACGACAGAUGAUCGCCGUAUCAAAAAUUGACAAACAUGACAAAGGCAUUGCUGAGAGAUUGCAAGGAAUCGGAUCUGGAUCUCUCCGUCUUCCAUUGGGUUGCGUUGCUGUUCUCAAUCGAAAACAAGAGGAAAUCGAUGCAGGAGUUUCGUUUGAAGAAAUGAGACGUCGAGAAGCAGAAUUUUUUCGAACUAAUCCAGCCUUCACCGAUGUACCUCAAGAAUACUUGGGUAGCCAAGAAUUAAUCAAAAAAUUAGUUUUGAUUCAACAAGAUAGGAUUCGAUGUACGUUGCCACGUGUAAUCGAACAGGUCAAAGAAAAAAUUCAUACGAUGCGAGAAGAACUUAAACAAAUUCCAUCAGUGAUUUUAACGGAAACUGACACUAGAAUUGCUUUCAGUGAAAUUCUUCGGAAAUAUCGCAGAGCUGUUGAACAACGUGUCCAAGGUGACUAUGAAAUUAAAUCUGAAAAAGCGGGGGAGAAGUUCGAUCAGCAUGCGCGUGGUAAAUGGGACGAUCGAAUUGCUUAUCAUCUCAAAAUGAUAGGAAAAUGCACUUCGGAAGAGAUCAAAAAGAUUCUGUCUAAAUUUACUUCAGAACAGCAUAAACCUCAAGUACUACAAUCAAUCGAAGAAAAUUAUGGUGGUGGUUUACCAAACUUUCCUUCAUCAAAUAUUAUUCAACAGUUAUACCAACCAUACCAUAGAGAACUCGAAAAACCAUGCAAAGAUCUCGUUCUUUGGGUCGAAGAAUACAUGAUCGCAUGUCUUGCUUACAUUUUGAGAACAGUUUUACCUGCACAGGCCAACUAUACAUUGCCUUUGUCUCAUGAACUGAUUAAAAUAAUCAAAGCAUCAGUAAACAAGACUACGACAGCGAGCGACAACAUGGGGGCUAAUGAUACUUUAAUUGGUCUUCAAGCAUAUUGUUCAAUUGUUCAUGCUCGCAUUGUCGAUCAUUUGUCUCAACUUUGUGAAUACUGGUUUAUUCGCAACGGUGUACUAGUUCUUGAUGGAGAGUUGAAUACAACGUUGUCCCCUGCGGACUUGUUGAAGUGUAUGAAGGAACUACCAAUUCUAGAGCAAAAAAGGGCUAGCUUGCGUCGAAGUAUUGAAGCCAUGGAGAGAGCUUUGGUUGAAGCACAAAAAUAA